AUUAAUUGGAUGAUUUCUGUUUUAUCAGUAUGGUUUGCUGUUUUACUUUGGCUUUGAGACAUCUACUCAUUUGAGACUUACACUCGUUGGACUGAGAAAUGAGAAAUCCAAAGCUCUUCCUGCUUCUAUUUUUCUUAAUUAACUCAGAUAUCUCUUAUUUCAAGUUGGUCCAAGUCACUGAGAUUUCUCACCCACUUGAGCGAAAACUUGUGGGUCGAGGAGAAAAGGGGGUACUAGGUCAUAAUUUCAUUGGUCCAGUUAUUUCCUUGAAGAUAUGAUUGUCUCCGCUCUUCUAACUUCUGUUGGGAUAAACACUGCUCUGUGUGUGUUAUUCUUCACAUUAUACUCUGUAUUGAGAAAACAACCCUGUAAUUAUGAAGUUUAUGCGCCACGCUUGCUAGCUGAAGGAACCUCUAAUCGGAGAAGCCAUUUCAACUUAGAAAGACUGGUACCUUCAGCUGGAUGGGUUGCAAAAGCCUGGAGGCUUUCUGAAGACGAGAUAUUGUCAUUAUUAGGAUUAGACGGGGUGGUAUAUAUCCGUCUUAUAACCUUCAGUUUGAAAAUAUUUUCUUUUGCUGGGGUUAUUGGAAUCCUUAUUCUUCUUCCGGUAAACUGCUCGGGAGAUGCGCUAGAACAAUUUGAUUUUACCAACGUGACAAGUAGCUCCCUGGAUAUUUUCACCAUAUCAAAUGUGAAAAAUGGCUCUAACUGGUUGUGGGUCCACUUCUCUGCGGUGUAUCUUGUCACUGGAUUCAUAUGCUUCAUGCUGUAUAAAGAAUAUAAAUACAUAUCUGCAAGAAGGAUUUCUUAUUUUUAUUCAUCCCCACCUCAACCACAUCAGUUCACCAUCUUAGUUCGCAGUAUUCCUAAUUCAUCCAGUUGUAGCAUCAGUGACAGUGUUGAGAGCUUCUUCAAAGAGCUUUACCCUUCUACAUAUUUAUCACAUGUGGUUGUUCGUCACACAAGCAAGAUUCAAAGUCUCCUGAAUGAAGCAAAAAAUUUGGGUAAAAGAAUUAGUCAACUACAAUCAGAUCCUUCUCAGCAAAAGUACAGGCAUAGUGGUUUGUUUGGACUUUUUGGAGACAAGAUUAAUCUUAAAGAUCAUUAUGAGAAGAAGUUGGUGGACAUUGAAGAGAAUGUAAGACUGGAGCAAUCAGAGGCUUCAUUGGCAGUAGAAGAUACUCGAGCUGCCUUUGUGUCCUUCAAGUCCCGUUUUGCUGCUGCAACUGCUUUCCGUCUGCAUCCAGCAGUCAAUCCCAUUGAAUGGAUCACCGAGCAAGCUCCAGAACCCCAUGAUGUUUACUGGCCAUUUUUCUCUGAAUCAUUUAUGCGAAGAUGGAUUUCUAAGUUGGUGGUUAUAAUUAUAUUCAUCAUUUUCACUAUAUUGUUCCUUAUACCUGUCGUAAUUGUGCAAGGCCUUACCAACCUGAGCCAGUUGGAACUUUUGUUUCCCUUCUUGAAGAGUAUUCUUACCAUAACAUUUAUCAGUCAAGUAAUUACAGGAUACCUUCCCAGCCUUAUUCUUCAAUUGUUUCUGAUAAUGGUGCCUCCAGUCAUGGUGUUUCUUUCCUCCAUUCAAGGGUACAUCUCUCACAGUAAUAUAGAAAAGAGUGCAUGUGAUAAAGUACUGUGGUUCACAGUAUGGAAUGUGUUUUUUGCAACUGUGUUUUCUGGAUCAGCUCUAAAUCAAGUGUCCAUUUUCCUUGACCCCAAGUCCAUUCCUCAGAAACUGGCUGUUGCCGUUCCAGCACAGGCAUCAUUUUUCAUUGCUUAUGUCGUGACAUCAGGAUGGACAAGCACGUCAUCAGAACUUUUCCGGAUAAUACCUUUAAUUUGUGGUUUGAUUAGAAGGCCUUUCAUGUCUGAGGAUGAUGAGUUUGAAGUUCCAUCCUUUCCUUACCACAAAGAUAUUCCAAGAGUACUUCUGUUUGGACUUCUUGGAAUUACAUAUUUCUUCUUAGCCCCACUAAUUCUACCAUUCCUCUUGAUCUACCUCUGUCUUGCAUACAUUGUUUAUCGAAACCAGUUCCUAAAUGUAUAUGCACCCAAGUAUGAAACAGCAGGGAAGUUUUGGCCCAUUGUGCACAAUUCCAUGAUUUUUUCUCUUGUACUCAUGCACAUUAUUGCAGUGGGAAUUUUUGCGCUGAAAAAACUCUCUAUAGCAUCCACCUUGAUGGUUCCUCUUCCUAUCAUUACUCUUCUCUUUAAUGAGUACUGCCGAAAACGGUUUCUCCCCAUGUUUGUUGCAUACUCUGCGGAGAGUCUGAUCAAGAAGGACAGGCAAGACCCCAAUGAUGGAACAAUGGAUGAGUUUUAUCAUAAAUUAGUCAUUGCUUAUGAGGACCCUGCUUUGCAGCCAAUUCAGCCACCACCAAACACCAGCACUCUUCGGACUCCCCUUCUAUCUUCUUAAAUAUUCAUAAGGCACAAUAUUUUUACCAUGCCUGAGAAGUUAUUUGUUUGCUGUUUUCCUGUAUGUGAUUGUAAAAUAGUUUUUUUGGUAGUGAAAGAACGGUAGUGUGGAUUGAUUGUUCAAAAACUUGUGGUCUGAAUUCCAGUGACAUGCCUGGGAAUUCCUAGAGGGUUAGUGAGAAUACCAUCCUAAAAAGGCAACUGUAUCGGCUUCUUUAAUGCUAGAUUCUAGCGAUGGAGCAAAUUAUUUAUUCUUCA